AUGAACGGCGAUUCCUUUUAUGAAUGGUUUUGUGGAAUUUUACCUCUGUUGGACGAUAAUUCCAUAAUUGAAAUGGAUAAUGCGUCGUACCAUUCGGUCAAGCUGGAUCCCGCGCCAACAAUGGCUUGGCAGAAACAUAAAAUCAUUCAAUGGUUGGAGGAUAAAAAUGUUGUAGUUGACAGGAAAAUGGUGAAACUAGAAUUAAUGCAAAAGGUCAAAGAGAUUCGAACCACUGAAAAGUACGUCAUUGACGAAAAAGCAAUGGAAAGUAAUAAAAUUGUUCUGCGUUUGCCACCGUACCAUUGUGAGUUGAACCCUAUUGAAUUAGCAUGGUCGGUGGUAAAAAAUCAUGUGAAGCAGAAUAAUAUUACAUUCAAAUUAAACGAUAAACGUCAAUUGCUGAUCGAUGGAGUUCAACGAGUUACUCCGGAAAUGUGGGCCAAUUUUACAAAACAUACAAUUAGCGAAGAGGAUAAAAUGUGGGAUAUUGAGUCCAUUACCGAUGAAAUGCUUGAUGAACUAGCUCCAACAUCUCAACAUGUUCUAACCAUCACAGGAGAAACAAGUACUGAUUCCUCAGAUUGA